AACAAACAUAUAGAAUGCAGAUAAGAUAUACUUAUAUAUGCUAUAUAGGAUCUACAAAAUCUAUACUUUUUGUAACUUUAGGCCACUAUAUAUUCAUCUUCCAACACAACCACAAUUCCACAUCCAACUCUAUCCACAAUAACAAUAAUAUUACUCUCUCUUUUUCUUUUACAAAGAAAAACAUGUUUCCUUCAACUUCCUUCUCUUCUAUUCCCCAAGAAAUCACUACUAACCUUCAUUAUUCUAGAAGGUUACUACUUCACUCCCCAUUCCACCCUUCACCAUCUACAACAGAAGCACCAACACCAACCUACCAAGUCCUAGACCCGAGUUCAAGCCAUGGCAACCCCGGGUUUGAUUCUAACAUAGUCAUGAUCCUCGCGGUCUUGGUGUGCGCUUUAAUAUGUUCAUUUUGCAUAAACACCGUCAUAAGGUUUGUGAUCAAGUGCUCAUUUAUGAUUACCGGAGAGCCUAGUUAUUACCUAAACAUAAUUAGUCAUGAUCAAAAGAAGAAAAGUUGCAAUGGUUUAGACAAAAGGGCAUUAAAGACAUUUCCAGUGGUGAAGUACUCAACCGAGGUGCAAAUUCAAGGGUUAGGCACUGAGUGUGUGAUAUGUUUAUCAGAGUUUAAGGGUGGUGAAAAAGUUAGGAUAUUACCAAAAUGCCAUCAUGGUUUUCAUGUUAAGUGUAUUGAUAAAUGGCUUGGUUCAAACUCCUCUUGCCCUACUUGUAGGCAAUCUUUAGUUGAAACUUGUCAAAAGAUCAUUAGUGGUGACGAUCAUCAGACUACCUCAUCUUCAUUAAACACAUCUUCUUCAUCAUUAUCAUCGUCGACAUCAACAACAAUAACAUCAUCGUCUAGGGAGAUGGUUGUAGUGAGCAUUGUGCCACUUGAAAGGGAAGAUUUGGUGAGAAAUUACAGGAGUGAAGUUGCUCAAAGCUAGCCAAAUUUGUAGUUGGUUGAUUUUGUAGAUUUUUGUUAAUUUAAAGAGUUUAAAAUUAGGAAGAUUUUAACAAUUUUAUGAUAAUUAACUUGUUAAAGUUGUGCACAUGAUAGAUAUUACAGACAUAUAUUAACGAUGAGUUCGUUGUUCUUAAUUAUUGAAAGUGUACAAACAAUUAAAAGAGCAAUAAUGUACAAUUCCAUGCUUUGGCUAUAUAAUUGUCCAUAAUAACCUCCGAUC